AUGCCGGCUCUGGCUAAUGAUACCUUUGAUCUGCCUCUGGCAAAGAGGCAGAAGACUGUUCUCGAGAAGACUCAAGGUACUUCCCGAGGAGGCUCCAAAAUAUUUGCACCUUUCAGGACAUUAGGCCUUGUGUCGUCAACCUCGGUCCCCUUUACCUUUGUGCGCCUGGGCAAAUCAACUUUCCAAAUCACAACGUCCGUCGGCCAUACUCUGCAAACUUACGAUGUGCGCAAAGGCUUGGGAUUGAUCUUUUUAAGUCGGCCGCAAACCCCCGAGACGAUUACGGCAACCUGCGCCUGGCAUGACAAGGUCUUUGCGGCAUGGGGUCACCUGCGACCCCGAUCACCGGGUGGCAUCUGGGUCUUCAAACGUGGAAAACGCGUCGCAAUCUUGGACAGCCCUCAACUGGAUGCGCCCAUUGAACGCCUGGCCGUAUUUGGCUCGUGGGUUGUUGGGUGCUGGUCCGGUGGACUGGAGGUGUGGAAGAACGGCAGCUAUGAGCAUUACACCAGUUUGCGACCCCGGCCAAACCCCAGUGCCUCGGGAGAUGGAGUGUAUUCCGGCAUCAUGUGCACGAUGCCCACCUACCUGAACAAGGUCUUCGUGGGUCGCACUGAUGGUGCCGUGGAUAUCUGGAACUUGCGUAGCGGCAAGCUUCUCCACACCCUUCAGCCCCCAUCAGCCUCUGCGCAGCCCGGCCCGGUGACAGCAAUGCAACCUACCCCCGCAUUGUCUCUCAUGGCCAUUGCUCACAAGGAUGGGUCUUUGGUCAUUCAGAAUGUCGACUCCGGACAAUUGGUCUUGUCCCUGAGAAGUUCGGCUGCCCGAGCUUCCCCGGUCACAUCUAUUACUUUUCGAAGUGAUGGUCUAGGCGCCGGCCACGACGGACGUAUGGCCGGUGUUAUGGCCACUGCCGCAAGCGGGACCGGGGACAUCACCAUGUGGGAUUUGAACAACGGUGGUCGAGUGGCAGGUCUCCUGCGAGGCGCUCACCGCGUCUCCAACAAUGUGUCGGCGAUGGGUGUGAACCGGGUUGAGUUCUUGGAUGGCCAGCCGGUGCUUGUCUCGUCGGGUGACGACAACGCCUUGAGAACGUGGAUUUUUGACGAAACGCCUUUCUCCCCCAUCCCUCGGCCGUUGCAUUCACGAGCGGGUCAUUCUGCUGCCGUGAACACAAUCGACUUCCUGCCCGCCUCUUCGGACGGGUCGGAAUUCGGCGGCAAGUGGCUUCUGAGUGCGAGCAAGGACUGCAGUAUGUGGGGCCUGAGCCUGCGAAAGGACAGUCAGAACGCAGAAAUGUCGCAAGGCAACGUGGAGCGCAAAGCGAAGAAGAUGGGACCCUCUGAUCAGACCGGUAUGACCUCGGCAGAGGCUUUCAAGGCGCCUGAAGUGACUUGCAUUGCAAGCUCACUCAAUCGUGACGGUGGAAUGGGCACUGCCGCCUCCGGAGCUGUGUGGUCGAAUCCUAAGUUUGGUACUACCGAUGCAACCAAUGCUACCGGUUGGGAAAGUGUCGUGACUGGUCAUCGUGGUGAUCAGUACGCUCGUACCUGGUUCUGGGGUAAGAAGAAGGCCGGUCGGUGGGCUUUUCCCACUAGCGAUGGAACGGAAGUCAAGAGCGUCGCGAUGUCCCCCUGUGGUACAUUCGCCGUUGUUGGAUCAGCCAGUGGCGGCAUCGAUAUGUUCAACAUGCAGUCCGGCCAGCACCGACAGAGCUUCCCUCCCCCCGCACCCAAGUCCCGUAAAGCCAGAGUACCGGUGGCAGACCGCUCGGCUGAUAAGCAUACCAAAGCCGUCACAGGUCUUAUGGUGGAUAAUUUGAAUCGAACAGUCAUCAGCUGUGGCUUGGAUGGCAAGGUUAAGUUCUGGGAUCUCCUCAAGGGUACGUUGAUCGAUCAGCUUGACUGGAAUCCCAUGGCGGCAAUCACUGGACUUCGCUACAGCAAAAUCAGUGAUUUGGUCGCGUUCAGCUGUGAUGAUCUCUCCAUCCGCGUGGUAGACCUAGAGACUCGAAAGCUGGUUCGUGAGUUCUGGGGCUGCGUUGGUCAGGUCAAUGAUUUCAUCUUCUCCAACGAUGGACGUUGGAUCAUUGCAGCUUCCAUGGACUCCGUCAUCCGAGUCUGGGAUCUGCCCACAGGUCAUCUGGUCGACAUUUUCCGAGUUUCCAGUACCUGCGUGUCACUUUCAAUGUCGUCAACCGGCGAAUUCCUGGCUACUGCUCACGCUGGAAGCAUUGGUAUCAGUCUUUGGAGCAAUCGCUCCCUGUUCAUGCCGAUCUCUACCAAAAACAUCGAUGAAGAUGUCAUCGAAGACGUGGCCGUGCCUACUUCUUCUGGUGAGAGUGGCGCGGGCCUCGUUGAAGCGGCCUUUGUGGACGCAGAAGAGGUGGAUGAGUCCGAGGGCCCAGUGCUGGCAACUGAACAACUCCAGAAGGACAUGUUGACAUUGAGUUUGGUCCCGAAGAGCAGAUGGCAAACGUUGCUUCAUCUUGAUUCCAUUCGGGAACGCAAUCGACCAAAGGAAGCACCCAAGGCCCCGGAAAAAGCGCCAUUCUUCUUGCCUUCGCUACUUGGCCCAGGAAGUUCCCAGGCUGCCAAGGACGCUGCCGCCGCCGACGCUGCUGAACUGGCAGCCCUCACGCAAACCGUGGAUGCCGAGCGGUCCCGCGUGUCAAAGCUUCAAUCCGGCAUCCUGGGCACUGCUGAGUCGGCCAUUACACGACUGCUGGAAACAGCAUCCCAGUCUGGCUUCUUUGAUCCGCUGGUUGAGCACAUGAAGUCUCUCUCCCCCGCGCGGGCUGAUCUCGAGAUCCGCUCCUUAGACCCUCGUGUGCGAAACGGAUUCUCUGAAUUGGCGACUUUCGUUCAGGCGCUCACUGCGCGCCUCAAGAUGCGUCGCGAUUUCGAACUGGUGAACGCUUGGAUGGCGGUGCUUCUGAAGAUCCACUCCGACACUGUCGCUCUUUGCUCGCACCGGGAAGAGGCCGAGUAUCGACUCUUGCGAGAGGCCUUGGCAGCCUGGGCUCGUGAACAAAAACAGGAAGGCGAGCGCCUGGCUAGCCUUGUUGGAUACUGUCGGGGUGUUGCCGGUUUCCUUCGAUCGGCUCGCUGA